AUGCCCUCGUCGCCUGUCCCCAAUCGGGCAGACCGGCCGACCGGUCGGCCAAGUUGCUACAGUCAACUCACAAUGUCAACGCAGACACGAGUGGACACGCAGGCAUGGCCACCACUUCGGGGGCAGAGUGAACAGAUCAGGGGGCCGCGGUCUCCGGGAGAGGCAGGCAUGGCAACGAGGACAGCGACCCCUGCCCGGCAGACGAUGGGGCAUCCGGAGACAAAAGCCAGCCAAGAGCUGGUCGAACCGUCCGGUGAGUGUCCGAGUCUGGUUGCACCGAAAGGCCCACAGAUUGUGUGCACAAAGCCGCUCCUUCUGGCCCGUCAGGUCGUCUGCUUUCUCCACUCUCUGCACCCUUUCAGCCUUUCUCUCUCUUUCUCUCUCUCUCUCACACACACACACACUUAUACACACAGAUACUCUGUCAAGCCGCAACUCACAAGCUCUGAAACCCUGCGGACUAUCAUCUGCCUCGGCCAGUCUCUGCUCUCAGGACCCGGGUCUCGCCGUCGCCCUGUCUCGUCGGCUUCGCCAUCUUCUUCUGGGAGCCGCACGGUCGAUAAGCAGUAG